AUGGAUUACAAGAUUACAUGGAUUACAAGAUUACAACAAUUACAAGAUUACAGCAAUUACAAGAUUAAAGCAAUUACAAGAUUACAGCAAUUACAAGAGUACAGCAAUUACAAGAUUACAGCAAUUACAAGAUUACAUGGAUUACAAGAUUACAUGGAUUACAAGAUUACAGCAAUUACAAGAUUACAGCAAUUACAAGAUUACAGCAAUUACAACAUUACAACAAUUACAAGAUUACAACAAUUACAAGAUUACAACAAUUACAAGAUUACAGCAAUUACAAGAUUACAGCAAUUACAAGAUUACAGCAAUUACAAGAUUACAUGGAUUACAAGAUUACAGCAAUUACAUGGAUUACAAGAUUACAGCAAUUACAAGAUUACAUCAAUUACAAGAUUACAGCAAUUACAACAUUACAACAAUUACAAGAUUACAACAAUUACAAGAUUACAACAAUUACAAGAUUACAACAAUUACAAGAUUACAGCAAUUACAAGAUUACAGCAAUUACAAGAUUACAACAAUUACAAGAUUACACCAAUUACAAGAUUACAGCAAUUACAAGAUUACGCCAAUUACAAGAUUACAGCAAUUACAAGAUUACAGCAGUUACAAGAUUACAACAAUUACAAGAUUACAGCAAUUACAAGAUUACAGCAAUUACAAGAUUACAGCAAUUACAAGAUUACAACAAUUACAAGAUUACGCCAAUUACAAGAUUACAGCAAUUACAAGAUUACAGCAAUUACAAGAUUACAUGAAUUACAAGAUUACAUGGAUUACAAGAUUACAUGGAUUACAAGAUUACAUGGAUUACAAGAUUACAGGAUUACAAGAUUACAGCAAUUACAAGAUUACAGCAAUUACAUGAUUACAGGAUUACAAGAUUACAUGGAUUACAAGAUUACAGCAAUUACAAGAUUACAGCAAUUACAAGAUUACAUGGAUUACAAGAUUACAUGGAUUACAAGAUUACAGCAAUUACAAGAUUACAGCAUUACAAGAUUACAACAAUUACAAGAUUACAACAAUUACAAGAUUACAGCAAUUACAAGAUUACAGCAAUUACAAGAUUACAUGGAUUACAAGAUUACAGCAAUUACAAGAUUACAGCAAUUACAAGAUUACAGCAAUUACAACAUUACAACAAAUACAAGAUUACAGCAAUUACAAGAUUACAGCAAUUACAAGAUUACAUGGAUUACAAGAUUACAGCAAUUACAAGAUUACACCAAUUACAAGAUUACAGCAAUUACAAGAUUACAGCAAUUACAAGAUUACAACAAUUACAAGAUUACAGCAAUUACAAGAUUACAACAAUUACAAGAUUACAACAAUUACAAGAUUACAUGGAUUACAAGAUUACAGCAAUUACAAGAUUACAGCAAUUACAAGAUUACAGCAAUUACAAGAUUACAACAAUUACAAGAUUACAAGGAUUACAAGAUUACAGCAAUUACAAGAUUACAUCAAUUACAAGGUUACAACAAUUACAAGGUUACAGCAAUUACAAGAUUACAGCAAUUACAAGAUUACAGCAAUUAUAAGAUUACAAGGAUUAGAAGAUUAGAGGUAUUAGAAGAAUGA